AUGUCGACAAACCCCACGCAUGCCCCACCGCCUACGAUACCUUACACCUCUCCUCCCAUCACCGUCAUUCUAACCAUCAUCCUCCUCCUCUUCUUCUUCAUCGGCUUUUUCUCCAUUUACUUUUGCAGGUGUUUCAUGCAUAACUUAUUUUACUCCUGGCAUCUCCGCCACAACCCCUCUAGGGCCGGCCCUGCCGCCGGCAUCGGAGGGGACAGUGUUUCCCCUGGACUUGACCCUUUGAUCAUAAGUUCCUUCCCUACCUUCACCUAUUCAAGUGUCAAAGAAUUCCGGCGAGAAAAGUACGGUUUAGAAUGUGCUAUAUGUUUGUCGGAGUUCAAGGAUGACAGCCUUCUUCGCCUUCUAACCAAAUGCUUUCAUGUCUUCCAUCAAGAGUGCAUUGAUCUCUGGCUCGAGUCGCAUAAAUCGUGCCCGUGUUGUCGUUGUAGUCUCGACACGCCGAUUAAUUCCCCCGAAAAAUCUCCAGUUUCGGUUGACACCCCGUCUGUGCAUGAAAAUCAUGAUUCCGUGGGAGAUUCGGUCAACAUCGACGUUAAAGAGAACGACGAGAAUGAAGAGAAAGAGAAGGAGAAAGAGAAAGACGAAAACAAGAAGGAGAAGCAUGUGGUCAUUGAUGUGGAUCCCGACAGAGAAGGAGAUAACGAGAGAACCGAAGGAUUCAUGAGGUGUAAGUCGACCGGGCAUUCGAUCAUUAAGAAUAACAAAGGAUGUGAAAACGACGAUAAAUUUACGUUAAGACUGCCACAAGACGUGCGAGUGAGACUGAUUCCGAGACAUAAUUGGACAAGAAGUUGUACCGAAUUCGGACAAUAUAAAAGCAAAACUUCGUCUAGCAAAGAUGAGGUAUCGCUAAACAGAGACGGACAUAAUGCAUAG